UUGUCAAAUUAAUGACAGGAAACUAUCAAAGUUAAAAUCACUAUAAAAUCGUGUUCAGUGUUACUGUAAUUAGAGUUAUCUAAAUAAACUUUAAUAUUACCAUUCUUAGAAGUUAUAAUUUAAAUUUAAAAAAUGUCUUUUAAUAAUUAUGACGAACUCAGUCACACUGAAAUAUUCGAUUUGCUUAGACAAUGGCGUGAAAACAACGAAAGACGAAGCGAAGACGUAUUAUAUUUUUCCGAAGUUAUUGUUGAGGAUCCACUUCACAAGUUGGGUAGUGAGAAAUAUGUUGUAAUGGAGCAAGUCAUCUAUGCAGCUUUGGACUGCCACUACUACACUAUAGCUAAAUUAUGGAUAAUGAUGCUGUCGGAGGAGUUUCCAGGCAGCUUGCGAGUUUUAAGAUAUAAAGCAGCAUGCUUGGAAGCUGAAGAGAAGUAUGAAGAAGCAAUGGAAGUUUUAGAUAGUAUUAUAAAGGCAGAUGAAACAAAUUCUGCAGCUCGCAAACGACGUGUGGCUAUAUUGAAAGCUCAAGGUCUCAUCCAGGAGGCUAUUAAGGAACUGGUUGAUUAUUUAAAAAAGUUUAUGUCAGAUAUGGAGGCGUGGCAAGAGCUCUCAGAGUUGUACUUGCAAGUUCAAGAGUACUCCAAAGCAGCCUUUUGUGCUGAAGAAUUGAUACUGCAUCAACCACAUAAUCACUUGAUGCACCAACGCCUUGCUGAUAUACGUUACACUAUGGGUGGUGUAGACAACCUGGAACUGGCCAAGUCAUAUUACUGUCAAGCACUUAAACUGAACCCUGAUAACAUGAGAGCACUGCUUGGAUUAUUCUUGGUGACCAAUACCCUUCUGAGCCACUACAAGUCAUCGGGCAGCGCGAAACGCAAGGAAGCGUUCAAGCUCUCCCAGUGGGCUCAAUCGGAAGCUACAAAGAUACAACGCAAAGCACAGCCGCCGCCCACUAUACCAGCCUUGACCAAUAUGAUGCUGUCGCUAGCUGUGACUGAUUAAAAUGUAUUAGAAAAUAUAUAUUUAUAUAAAAAUAAUUAAGGUAUUUAGUGUUUAUAUACUUGUAGCAUUUGUAUAGUUAAUGGUUUUAAUUUUUCUUUCACAUGUUAUGUUACUGGCAAAAAGAGAUAGAGAAUGUUUAUUUAUUAGUAAGGUCAUAAGUAUAUGUAUUGUAUUGUGGUUCUUUUAAGACAGAUAUGGGGAUUUUCAGCAUCCAAUAUGAUGGUAUAUUUAAUAAAUAACAAUACCCAAAUUCAUGCUUGGUGGGUUGGUACAAAUUGAAGAAUUCAAUUAUCUGUAAUAUUCAAGAGUUUAUUUAUUAUACGAAAGAAAUGUUAAAUUUAAUUUAGGCAUAAAUAUGAAUGUGUAAUUAAAUUUACAUUUUUGUUUUCAUAUAUUGUAAUGUCAUCAAGUCAACUAAAUAAAUUUAAAU